AUGAAGGUAAGUCACUUGGCUAACCUCAGUUGAAAACAGCGGUGAAGCCGACGCCUCUUUCACUUGGCUUGCAUAGAGACUGGGGGACAACUGUCUAUAUGGUUGGCAACAACAUAUGACAGUUUGAAGGCGUCAGAAUGUUGCACAUAUACAUGUUUCAUAUAUAAUUUCAAUGCCAAAAGUUUUCAUGUAGGCUUCACCGUAAAUGACUAUUUUUAGACAUCAUUGUCCACCUCUUCCUGAACAAGACAAAUGUUAUUGAGUUGAAAAACCUCUAAUGCAAUUUCAUGUUUAUGUGUGGCAUCAUGCUUCAUGGACAUCUCUUUCAAUAGUGGCCAAACAUGGCCUGUGUUUUAUUUAUAAGAAAGUACAAUGAUAAAUGUUAUAGGAGUGUCUGUUUUUCUCACAGGCAGCGGACGAGCCUGCCUACCUGACCGUGGGGACUGAGGUCAGCGCCAAAUACAGAGGUGCCUUCUGUGAGGCAAAAAUCAAGACUGUUAAACGGACAGUGAAGGUUAAGGUAAAAGCACAACGCAACAAUGACUCCAUCCCAAAUGCCACCCCAUUCUCCUUAUAAUGCACUACUAUAAACAGAAUGGGGCUGUCUUCAAAAGUAUUGCACUAUAUAGGGAAGAGGGUGCAAUUUGGGACACAGACAACAUUGUAAUCAAACAAGGGAGUAAUGUGAAAUGUUCCAAAUUUUGAUGUCCAAAUCUUACAAGGAUAUGUUGUUUAUAUAGGCCUAGUAGACAAGCUGAUUGGCUAGUUUCGGUCACAGUUUUGCUGCAAAAGGACCCCCCCCCCAUCUAAAUGUUUGUGUAUGCCAGUGACAUCUUUCAAGUAGACUUGUUCUAUGAACAGUUUUGCUCAGUUUGUUUCAGAAAGCCUUAUGCUAAUCCAGGGGUCUCCAACCCUUUCUAGCAUAAAAUAAAAAAGCUUUCAAAUAGGCACGUUCUUCUCUUCUCCUCAACCAUGCGACUCUUCCCUGGGUCCUUGGUGUACAAGAGACGUGUUUUCUGUCAAUAUAACUGGUAAAAUAAUGGUUAGUAAACAACUCUAAAGGGCCCCAUAAAAUCAUAUUUGGUAUUUUCCUGAAUUCUGUUUUUGUUGUUGUUUUUUUAAACUUUUGUUUUGUUAAAAUGUCAAUUGUUCAUAGAGAAACAACAAAAAGUGAUGUUCUUAGUCAUGUCAAUGCUUAAAUCACACAGAAAGACCAUUUUGUAGGUAAACAAAUAAUAAUAUAGAACACAUUUUGAUUUUAGUGUAAUUCCGCUUUAAUUGCGCAUCUAAAUUAAUCUAGCAAGAAAGGAAUGUGUCGGUCUAGCCUACUGCUGCACAACAUGUCAUGGCAGAGUUUGCAAAACAAUUGCCACCCAAUUGAUACAAAUAAUCAUGAUAUAGUUCUGUCAGGUAAGCCUACUUUGCAUUUAAUUGAGAGUUUUUUGGGAAAGUCUUUGUCUACCCACAAGACUGUUAUCAUUAGCAUUGCUAACUGGCUACAUACAGAGUGAUAGAUAAAUACGUGCACCAAACAGACGGACGGCAAUAUUGCUGGAAAUUACCGUAAUUGCCAUAUAUUGUGUUACGUUUUGGCUUUUUAAGUCAACAGUGGCUAACCAGCGGUGGGAUAAUGUCACUGUGUCUUUGAUUGGACAGUUGCCGGGUGGUUUAUGGUUGACCAUAUACGAUGGAACGCAUGAAAAAAAAAAUGCAUGGAUCACACUUUAUUUGGAUAGUCCGGAUUUUCCAUCUGUAGAUGCUCUACAGAUGGUCAUACUAUCUGUUGCUAAGCAACUGCUUGCUAAGGUUAGGGUUAGUAGAUAGUUAGUUGAAAUGUUACUGAUAGUAUGUAAGGCACCUACUGAUGGACUAACCAUAUCUAGUGUUACCAAUGUAUGUACUUUCAGAAUUGAUUGGCGAGCUACUCAUAGUUGGGCUGCGAGCUACUGGUAGUUCGCGAUGUACCUGUUGGAGACCCCUGGGCUAAUCUGUAACCUACGCAGUCCCAACUAGACACUCUGAAAACAGUUAAUUUAGUCAUAACAUAAUCAUAACACAACAAACACUGGUGAUAGUCAGUCAUCAUGACUGCAUUGGUUAGAGCCUGUUGGGUAAAACACAUGGUUCAAAUUCACAUUAAAUACGCUGAACAGUGUUGGUUUCUUGAGCUGAAAUAAAAGAUCCCAGAAAUGUUCCAUAUGCACAAGAAGCUUAUUUCUCUCAGAUUUUGUGCACAAAUGUGUUUACAUCCCUGCUAGUAAGCAUUUCUCCUUUGCCAAGAUAAUCCAUCCACCUGACAGGUGCGGCAUAUCAAGGAGCUGAUGAAACGGCAUGAUCAUUACACAGGUGCACCUUGUGCUUGGGACAAUAAAAGGUCACUUUAAAAUGAGCAGUUCUCACAACACAAUGCCACAGAUGUCUGAAGUUUUGAGGGAGUGUGAAAUUGGCAUGCUGACUGCAGGAAUGUCCACCAGAGCUGUAGCCAGAGAAUUGAAUGUUAAUUUCUCUACCAUAAACUGCCCCCAACGUCGUUUUAGAUAAUUUUGCAGUAUGUCCAACUGGUCUCACAACCGCAGACCAUAUGUAACCAUGCCAGCCCAGGACCUCCACAUCUGGCUUCUUCACCUGCGGGAUCAUCUUAGGGGGGGUGCUGAGGAGUAUUUAUGUCUGUAAUAAAGCCCAUUAGUGGGGGGAAAUUCAUUCUGAUUGGCUGGGCCUGGCUCCCCAGUGGGUGGGCCUAUGCCCACCCAUGGCUACACCCCUGCCCAAUCAUGUGAAAUACAUAGAUUCAAUAAUUCAUUUCAAUUUACUGAUUUCCUUAUAUGAACUGUAACUCAGCAAAAUCGUAGAAAUUCUUGCAUGUUGCGUUUUUUAAAUAUUUUUGUUUAGUAUAGCAACUGACAAUGCUUGGACAUUGGGUUAGCAGCCAUGUCUGGUUUAGUAUGUUUUCGAACAACCGAUAGGCCUAGGAAUUUAGGUUCAAAUGUGCUUUUUUUUAUUCCUCAAAACCCUGUUGUGAAAAUGUGGGUUCCACUGAACUGGUGAACCAGCUUAUAGGUCAGGGCUGAUGAUGGUUAUUGUUUUAAAAUCAAGUGAUCCCACACCAAUCGCCAGUUAGCAGCAUUGUGACCUGACCUCCUGUAUUCUCCACUAUUCUCCUUUGCUUCUGCUCUUCCAUUAUGAUUGUCACAACAAGGUCAGAGUUCCCUUGAUUGAUUGUUUCAUUGGUCUAGUGUUCAUGGGGUGAGGUAGGAAGCCCCAUUUGAACUUUCUCCACAUAGAAAGAUAGGUGAAGGCUAUGAUGCACCAUUCCCUGGUAAUACUAUAAGCACAUACCUACUAUUGUAUCAGAUGGUUUAAGAUCUGUCUGUAGCUGGAAACACCUGUUUUUACAACUGUGCCUUCCAGCGUUGGCAUGUGAGGUUCAUCUAUAGGCCCCUUGGUAACUGACUGGUCAAAGAAAAUGUCAUUUGUCACAUAUUUCGUGACUAGUCAGGAAGAGGAAAGUUGUCUGUUACUCAACUGGAUUAUUUCACCUUGAAUGAAUUCCUUUGUUUCCCUCCUCUCUCACUAGGUGAUGCUCAAAGGAGACACCACUUCACAAGUUGUUCAAGAUGACCAAGUGAAAGGACAGUUGAAGGUAAGUUUGGAACUAACUGGCAUCGCAUCACCGAACUCCCCACAGUAUGAUAUGGAAAAGAUUAAUUUGGCCCUCUGUGUUCUUUUGAUUCUCAGAAUCAUCUGUUUGUCACAUGAUUCUGAGAUUCUGAUCUGUUGGAUAUAACAAUGGUUCUGUACUUGUGACAACAUAAUGUCCUACAGGGUGCAGGCAUAUAGAACCGCUACAGAUAAGGUAUUGUCGACAUGAAGUUCAUGGUCAUGUGACUAAUGCCCUGGCAAAUUACACUGAUCACCUGUUUUUCAACAACUGUAAGCAUCAAUGGUACUGCAGUUGUUUUUGUGCUGAUUUUUAACGCCAGAGUGUUAAACAUUUUAAGUUGCCUAAAGGUUUAAAAUGGCCUCAGUUUUUCUAUCCUGAUAUUUUGUAUGCCCAGUGUGGUUCCCUUUUCACUGUUCGAACACACGUGUCAUGGGCUUUCACUUUGCCCAGGCACGUUACUUUCUUUAUUUAGAGAAGACUUGAUUUGAGAUGCAAUGUUAAAAGGUGCAAUAUGCAGAAAUUGCUCCGCCAUUUCCUGGUUGCUAAAAUUCUAAUAGGUUGCCUAAUUUCAGUUUGUGACAAAACAAGCAAUGUAGAAAGUCAUUGUAUUAUCUAAAACCGCUGUAAAAUAUAUUUUCCAUAACCAAAAAUAUUGUUUUUUAAGUUGGUGUACAAAACCGAAAGUAAGACACAAAAAACUAACGUAAGAACGGGAAGCAUAUAAAUAGCGCACCUAGAACAGAUCUACCGCUUCUUAGACUUGCUUUCAAUGAGAAUGACAGAUCUAUAACUCUAAUUUCUAUGUGGAUUUGGUCAGGUCGCCCAAAAAGUUACAUAUUGCAGCUUUUACUGUUGCCAUUUUGAGUUAUUUUUGAAAUGGGACUAAAAGAGCAGCGCAUAUGAGGUGUCUCAAAGUCUCAUCUCCCUGGCAUCCUUUUGCAGGUGGGCUCCACAGUGGAGGUGAAGAGUGCAGAGGGGAUCUGCAGUGAGGCAACCAUCAACAAACUCACAGAUGCCAGUUGGUACACAGUGGGUGAGUACAGCAACAACACUCAAACUAGUUUACAAGAAGUCCUGCUCCUCUGUUAUCACCUGAUAAUGGUAGACUACAUACAGUGGCUUGCGAAAGUAUUCACCCCCCUUGGCAUUUUUCCUAUUCUGUUGCCUUACAACCUGGAAUUAAAAUGGAUUUUGGGGGGGGGGGGUUGUAUCAUUUGAUUUACACAACAUGCCUACCACUUUGAAGAUGCAAAAUAUUUUUUCCUGUGAAACAAACAAGAAAUAAGACAAAAAAAACAGAACUUGAGCAAGCAUAACUAUUCACCCCCCAAAGUCAAUACUUUGUAGAGCCACCUUUUGCAGCAAUUACAGCUGCAAGUCUCUUGGGGUGUUUAUAUAAGCUUGGCACAUCUAGCCACUGAGAUUUUUGCCUAUUCUUCAAGGCAAAACUGCUCCAGCUCCUUCAAGUUGGAUGGUGUAUAGCAAUCUUUAAGUCAUACCACAGAUUCUCAAUUGGAUUGAGGUCUGGGCUUUGACUAGACCAUUCCAAGACAUUUAAAUGUUUCCCCUUAAACCACUCGAGUGUUGCUUUAGCAGUAUGCUUAGGGUCAUUGACCUGCUAGAAGGUGAACCUCCAUCCCAGUCUCAAAUCUCUGGAAGACUGAAACAGGUUUCCCUCAAGAAUUUCCCUGUAUUUAGCGCCAUCCAUCAUUCCUUCAAUUCUGACCAGUUUCCCAGUCCCUGCCGAUGGAAAAACAUCACCACAGCAUGAUGCUGCCACCACCAUGCUUCACUGUGGGGAUGGUGUUCUCAGGGUGAUGAGAGGUGUUGGGUUUGCACCAGACAUAGCGUUUUCCUUGAUGGCCAAAAAGCUCAAUCUGACCAGAGUACCUUCUUCCAUAUGUUUGGGGAGUCUCCCACAUGCCUUUUGGCGAACACCAAACGUGUUUGCUUAUUUCUUUCUGUAAGCAAUGGCUUUUUUUUGGCCACUCUUCGGUAAUGCCCAGCUCUGUGGAGUGUACGGCUUAAAGUGGUCCUAUGGACAGAUACUCCAAUCUCCGCUGUGGAGCUUUGCAGCUCCUUCAUGGUUAUCUUUGGUCUCUUUGUUGCCUCUCAGAUUAAUGCCCUCCUUGCCUGGUCUGUGAGAUUUGGUGGGCGGUCCUCUCUUGGCAGGUUUGUUGUGGUGCCAUAUUAUUUCCAUUUUUUAAUAAUGGAUUUAAUGGUGCUCCGUGGGAUGUUCAAAAUGUGGGAUAUUUUAAAAAACAACAACCCUGAUCUGUACUUUUCCACAACUUUGUCACUGACCUGUUCGGAGAGCUCCUUGUUCUUCAUGGUGCCGCUUGCUUGGUGGUGCCCCUUGCUUAGUGGUGUUGCAGACUCUGGGGCCUUUCAGAACAGUUGUGUAUAUAUACUGAGAUCAUGUGACAGAUUAUGUGACACUUAGAUUGCACACAGGUGGACUUUAACUAAUUAUGUGACUUCUAAAGGUAAUUGGUUGCACCAGAUCUUAUUUAGGGGCUUGAUAGCAAAGGGGGUGAAUACAUACAGUGAGGGGAAAAAAGUAUUUGAUCCCCUGAUGAUUUUGUACGUUUGCCCACUGACAGACAUUAUCAGUCUAUAAUUUUAAUGGUAGGUUUAUUUGAACAGUGAGAGACAGAAUAACAACAAAAUAAUCCAGAAAAAAGCAUGUCAAAAAUGUUAUAAAUUGAUUUGCAUUUUAAUGAGGGAAAUAAGUAUUUGACCCCCUCUCAAUCAGAAAGAUUUCUGGCUCCCAGGUGUCUUUUAUACAGGUAACGAGCUGAGAUUAGGAGCACACUCUUAAAGGGAGUGCUCCUAAUCUCAGCUUGUUACCUGUAUAAAAGACACCUGUCCACAGAAGCAAUCAAUCAGAUUCCAAACUCUCCACCAUGGCCAAGACCAAAGAGCUCUCCAAGGAUGUCAGGGACAAGAUUGUAGACCUACACAAGGCUGGAAUGGGCUACAAGACCAUCGCCAAGAAGUUAUGUUUUUCAUUUCACUUCACCAAUUUAGACUAUUUUGUGUAUGUCCAUGACAUGAAAUCCAAAUAAAAAUCCAUUUAAAUUACAGGUUGUAAUGCAAAACAAUAGGAAAAACGCCAAGGUGGAUGAAUACUUUUGCAAGGCACUGUACGUCUUUGUUGGUUGGUUGCAUUUUGACUAUUCUCUGUCAUAACUGACUCUUGGUCAAUAAUACUAUUUGUCUAUAUGAUCCUGGGGAAGCAGUAUACUUUGGUGUUAAUGUUUAACAUAAAUACAAUCUGGGCGGCAGGUAGCCUAGCGGUUAAGAGCGUUGGGUCAGUAACCGAAAGGUUGCUGGUUCAAAUCCCCGAGCCGACUAGGUGAAAACUCUGUCGACAUGCCCUUGAGUAAGGCACUUAACCCUAAUUGCUCCUGUAAGUCGUUCUGGUUAAGAAUAAAUGUCAAAUGUAAACAUUACAAGGGAACUGCUUCCCACUGUGUUCCAGUGUUUGACGAUGGGGAUGAGAAGACACUCCGCAGGACGUCUCUGUGUCUGAAGGGAGAGAGACAUUUUGCUGAGAGCGAGGUAAGAGGACUGGUCUUCUGACCUCACUAUCUUCUUGGCCAUUUGAUUUGGUGGUCUCUCUGUUAUUUUUGCUCUUUGAUAUAUUGAUUAAGACCCCUCUCUUUCUUGCUCCCUCUCCUCACUCCUCUCUAUCUCUCUCUGUUGUUAUCUAGACAUUGGACCAACUGCCCCUGACCAACCCGGAGCACUUUGGCACCCCCGUCAUCGGGAAGAAGGGAAACCGCGGAGGAAGGAGGUCAUCUCAGGCUCAGUAAGUAGACCCUUCUUUUACCUUUCUCUUAACCCCUAUUUUAUUUUAAAACACACCUUUACCCCCCCCCCCCCCCCCUCCUCCAAGUUAACCUUUUAAAGCAAAACGCCACUCAAAACCAACCUUUUGGUUUAUUUUAUGUCAUGUUUUCAAGCUAUUGGACUUUCAAGAAGCAAAAUGUCACUUGCCACAUCAUCAUAUGAUGCAUUUUGCUUCUUGAAAGUCCAAUAGCUUGAAAACUUGACUGCUGAUAUGCAAAACAUUUUAGGAUUGUAUCAACAGUGGACUAAUGGAAAAAAUAUAUACCCAAAACGUUUUUGAGUGGAGUUUUCCUUUAAUGCUAGCCUGCAGUGGGCCAUGUGGAACCACUGUGUUCUUGCUUUGGAUACGGUUUGACCUGCAGUGGGCCAUGUGGAACCACUGUGUUGUUCUUGCUUUGGAUACGGUUUGAUGACCUAACCUGCACUACCGCUUACAGCAUGCUUCUUUAGAUGCUCUGCCUGUAAACAUUCAGACAUGGUCAUUAUACAGUGCAUUUGGAAGUAUUCAGACCCCUUUUUCCACAUUUUGUUACGUUACAGCCUUAUUCAAAAAAAAUUUUUUUUUUUACAUCAAUUUACACACUACCCCAUAAUGACAAAGCAAAAACUGGUUUUAUGAAAUGUUUGCAAAUAAAAAUAUACCUUAUUUACAUAAGUAUUCAGACCCUUUGCUAUGAGACUCGAAAUUUAGCCCAGGUGCUUCCUGUUUCCAUUGAUCAUCCUUGAAAUGUUUCUACAACUUGAUUGGAGUCCACCUGUGCUAAAUUCAAUUGAUUGUACAUGAUUUGAAAAGGCACACACCUGUCUAUAUAAGGUCCCACAGUUGACAGUGCAUGUCAGAGCAAAAACCAAGCCAUGAGGUUGAAGGAAUUGUCCGUAGAGCUCCGAGACAGGAUUGUGUCGAGGCACAGAUCUGGGGAAGGGUACCAAAACAUUUCUGCAGCAUUGACGAUCCCCAAGAACACAGUGGCCUCUAUCAUUCUUAAAUGGAAGAAGUUUGUAACCACCAAGACUCUUCCUAGAGCUGGCCGCCCGGCCAAACUGAGCAAUCGGGGGAGAAGGGCCUUGGUCAGGGAAGUGACCAAGAACCCAGUGGUCACUCUGACAGAGCUCUGGAGUUCCUCUGUGGAGAUGGGAGAGCCUUCCAGAAGGACAACCAUCUCUGCAGCACUCCACCAAUCAGGCCUUCAUGGUAGUGGCCAGACGGAAGCCACUCCUCAGUAAAAGGCACAUGACAGCCCGCUUGGAAUUUGCCAAAAGGCACCUAAAGACAAUGCAGGAGUGGCUUCGGGACAAGUCUCUGAAUGUCCUUGAGUGGCCCAGCCAGAGCCCGGACUUGAAACCGAUCGAACAUCUCUGGAGAGACCUGAAAAUAGCUAUGCAGCAACGCUCCCCAUCUAACCUGACAGAGCUUGAGAGGAUCUGCAGAGAAGAAUGUGAGAAACACCCCAAGUACAGGUGUUCCAAGCUUGUAGGGUCAUACCCAAGAAUACUUGAGGCUGUAAUUGCUGCCAAAUGUGCUUCAACAAAGUACUGAGUAAAGGGUCUGAAUACUUAUGUAAAUGUAAUAUUUUAAUUUUUAAUAAACUUGCAAACAUUUCAAAAAACCUGUUUUUGCUUUGUCAUUAUGGGGUAUUGUGUGUAGAUUGAGAAUUUUAAAUAAAUACAUUUUUAGAAUAAGGCUGUAACGUAACAAAAUGUGAAAAAAAGUCAAGGGGUCUGAAUACUUUCUGCACCCACAGUAAACAACAACAUAGUUAGAUUUAUGAUGAAGUUGAAUAAAAUGUAAUGACUGUUUACAGUUGAACAUUUGUAACUGGCUCCCAUAGGCCUUUGUGGUUGAUAGUGUUGAGCUUUCUAUAGAGCUCUGUAGAAGCUUCUGACUGAGACUGAAGGUUUUGACAGAGACAGACUAUAGCUUCUGACCUGUAAAGAUUAUGUUCUGACGUAGUCCCCUUGUUCAACCCAUCAGUGCGAAUGAUGAAAAGGACUCGUCCUCCAGUGAUGACGACAAUGAGGACAGGAGGAGGCUAAACGAUGACCUGCUGGGUAAAGUGGCCAGUAUUCAGACUGGGACAGACCGGACAUCCUGGUACCUGGCCCUGGUAAGUCACAUCAUGCAUAGACCCUAGCCACACACACACUCUGUCGGUCUCUCUCUCUCUCUCGCUGCCUGUCGGUCUUCUCUUGCCCCCUGCGUCUCUCUCGCUGCCUGUCGGUCUCUCUCUCUCGCUGCUGUCGGGUUCUCUCUCUCUCGCUGCCUGUCGGUCUCUCUCUCUCGCUGCCUGUCGGUCUCUCUCUCUCGCUGCCUGUCGGUCUCUCUCUCUCGCUGCCUGUCGGUCUCUCUCUCUCGCUGCCUGUCGGUCUCUCUCUCUCGCUGCCUGUCGGUCUCUCUCUCUCGCUGCCUGUCGGUCUCUCUUCUCGCUGCUGUCGGUCUCUCUCUCUCGCUGCCUGUCGGUCUCUCUCUCGCUGCUGUCGGUCUCUCUCUCUCGCUGCCUGUCGUCGGUCUCUCUUCUCGCGCUGUCGGUCUCUCUCUCUCGUGCCUGUCGGUCUCUUACUCGCUGCCUGUCGGUCUCUCUCUCUCUCUGCUUGUCUCUCUCUCUCGCUGCCUCUUCUCUCUCUCGCUCUCUCUCUCUCUCGCCUCUCUCUCUCUCUCUCUCUCUCCGCUCUCUCUCUCUCUCUCUCGACUGCCUCUCUCUCUCUCUCUCUGCCUCUCUCGCUGUUCUCCUGCUCUCUCUCUCUAUCUCUCUCCGCUGCCUCUCCUCUCUCCUCUCUCUCUCCUCUCUCUGUCCCUCUCUCUCUCUCUCUCGCUGUUCCUCUCUCUCUCUCGCUGUCCUCUCUCUCUCUCUGUCCUCUCUCUCUUCCUUUCCUCUCUCUCUCUCUCUCUCUUCGUGCUCUCUCUCUCGCUGCCUCUCUCCCUCUCGCUGCUCUCUCUCUCUCUCUCAUGCCCCUCUUCUCGCUGCCCUCUCUCUCGCUCUCCUCACUCUCUCUCUCCGCUGCUCCUCUUCUCUCUCUCCUUCUCUUCUCUCUCUCUCGCUGCCUCCUCUCUCUCUCUCUCUCUCGCUGCCUCUCUCUCUCUCUCUCGUGCCCCUCUCUCUCGCUGCCCUCUCUCUCUCGCUGACUCUCUCUCUCUCGCUGCCCCUCUCUCUCUCUCUCUCUCGCAUGCCUCCUCUCUCUCUCUCUUCUCGCGCUCUCUCUCUCUUCUCUCUCUCGCUGACUCUCUCUCUCUCGCUGCCCCUCUCUCUCGCUGCCUCUCUCUCUCUCUCUCGCUGCCUCUCUCUCUCUCUCUCUCGCUGCUCUCUCUCUCCGCUGCCUCUCUUCGCUGCCCCUCUCUCCUCUCUCUCUCGCUGCCUCUCUCUCUCUCGCUGCUCUCUCUCUCUCUCUCGCUGCCCUCUCUCUCUCUCCUCUCUCGCUGCCCCUCUCUCUCUCUCUCUGCCCUCUCUCUCUCUCUCUCUCUCUCGCUGCCUCUCUCUCUCGCUGCUCUCUCUCUCUGCUGCCUCUCUCUCUCUUCUCGCAUGCCUCUCUCUCUCCUCUCUCUCGCUGCCUCUCUCUCUCGCUGCUCUCUCUCUCUCUCUCUCGCUUGCCUCUCUCUCUCUCGCUGCCUUCUCUCUCUCUCUCGCUUGCCUCUCUCUCUCGCUGCCUCUCUCUCUCUCUCUCGCUGCCUCUCUCUCUCUCGCUCUGCUGCCUCUCUCUCUCUCUCGCUCGCUCUGCCUCUCUCUCGUCGCUGCCUCUCUUUUCUCCCCGCUGCUCGUGCCUCUCUCUUCUCUCGCUUGCUCCUGCUCUCUCUCGCUCGCUCGCUGCCCUCUCUCUCUCUCUCUCGGCUGCUCUCUCUCUCUCGCUCCUCUUCUCUCGCUCUCUCGCUGCCUCUCUCUCGCUGCCUCUCUCUCUCUCUCUCUCUCUCUUUCUCGCUGCUCUCUCUCUCUCGCUCGCUGCCUCUUCUCUCUCUCUCGCUCGCUGCCUCUCUCUCGCUCGCUCGCUUGCCUCUCUCUCUCUCUCGCUCGCUGCCUCUCUCUCUCCUCCUCGCUCGCUGCCUCUCUCUCGCUCGCUCGCUGCCUAUCUCUCUCUCUCUCGCUGCCUUCUUUCUCUCGAUCCUCUGCUCCUCUCUCUCUCUCCUCGUCGUUGCCUCUCUCUCUCGCUGCCUCUCUCUUCUCUCUUCGAUGCCCUCUCUAUCUCUACUCGUGCCCCCCUCUUUUCGGCUUGCUCUUCUCGCUCUCAUCGCUGCCCCUCUCUCUCUCUCUGCUCGUCGUGCUCUCUCUCUCUCUCUCUGCUUUCGCUUGCUCUCUAUCUACUCGCUGCAUCUUCUCUUGCUGCCUUCUUCUACUCGCUCGCUCGCUUCUCUCGCUGCCUUCUCCUCUCGUCUCGCUCCGUGCCUCUCUCUCUCUCGCUGCCUCUAUCUAUCUCUCUCUCGGCUCUCUCUUCUCGCUGCUCUCUCUCCUCGCUGCCUCUCAUCUCUCUCUCUCUCGUGCUCUCUCUCGCUUGCUCCUCUCUCUCUCUCGCAUGCCUCUCUCUCUCUCGCUGCAUCCUCUCUCUCGCGCUGCUUCUUCGCCGUCUGCUGCCUCUCUCUCUCGCUCGCUCGCUGCUCUCUCUCUCUCGCUCGCUCGCUGCCUCUCUCUGCUCGUCGCGUACCUCUCUAUCUCGCUCGCUCGUGCCUCUCUCUCUGUCGCUCGCUGCCUCUAUCUCGCUCGCUGCCUCUCUCUCUCGCUUCGCUCGCUGCUCUCCUCUCUCUUCCGCUCGUCUCCUCUCUCUGCUGCAUGCUCACCUUCUCUGCUCGGCUGCCCUUCUCUCUCCCUCACUCUCUCUCUGCUGCAUUCUAUCUCUCUCUCUAUCUUAUUCGCUGCCCUCUCUCUCUCUCGCUGCCUCUCUCUUCUCUCGCUGCCCUCUUCUCUCUCUCUCUAUCUCUCUGCUGCCUCUCUCUCUCGCUGCCCCCAUCUCUCUCUCUCCUUUGCUCUCUUCUCUCUCUCUGCAUGCCUCUAUCUCUCUCUCUCUCGGGCUCCUCUCUCUCAUUGCUGCUCUCUCUUUGCUCUCUCUCUCUUCUCUCUCUCCUCUCUCUCUCGCUGCUGCUCUCUCUCUCGCUGCUCUCUCUCUCUUCUUCGCUGCCUCUCUCUCUCUCGCUGCCUCUCUCUCUCUUCUCUGCUCUCUCUUCUCUCUCUCGCUGCCUCUCUCUCUCUCUCGCCUCCUGCUCUCUCUCUCUCUCUCUCCUCGCUGCCUCUCUCUCUCUCGCUCGCUGCUCUCUCUCUCUCGCUGCCCUCUCUCUCUCUCGCUCGUGCCUCUCUCUCUCUCUGCUCGCUCGCUGCUCUCUCUCUCCUCGCUUGCUCUCUCUCUCUCUCUCGUGCUCUCUUCUCGCUGUCCUCUCUCUCUCUCUCGCCCUCGCUCGCUGCCUCUCUCUCGCUCGCUCGCUGCCUCUCUCUCUCUCGCUCGCUGCCUCUCUCUCUCUGCUCGCUCGCCUCCUCUCUCUCGCUCGCUCGCUGCCUCUCUCUCUCUGCUCGUCGCUGCCUCUCUCUCUCGCUCGCUCGCUGCUCUCUCUCGCUCGCUCGCUGCCCUCUACUCUCUCGUCGCUCGCUGCCUCUCUCUCUCUCGCUGCGCUCCUCUCUCGCUCGCUCGCUGCCUCUCUCUCGCCGCUCCUCUCUCUCUCUCUUCUGCUCUGCUCGCUGCCUCUCUCUCUGCUCGCUCGCUGCUCUCUCUCUCUCGUCUCGCUCGCUGCUGCUCUCUCUCUGCUCGCUCGCUGCCUCUCUCUCUCGCUCGCUCGCUGCCUCUCUCUCUCGCUCGCUCGCUGCUCUUUCUCUCUCGCUCGCUGCCUCUCUCUCUCUCGCUCGCUCCUGCUCUCUCUCUCGCUCGCUGCCUCUCUCUCCUCGCUGCCUCUUCUCUCCUCUGACUCUCUCUCUCUCUCUCGCUGCCCUCUCUCUCUUCUCUCGCUGCCCUCUCUCUCUCUCGCUGCCCUCUUCUCUCUGCCUCUCGCUCUCUUCCUUCUACUCUCUCUUCGCUGCACUCCUCUCCUCAUGACUUCUCUCUCUGGACUGACCUCUCUCUCUCUCGCUCUCUUCUCGCAUGCCUCUAUGCUCUCUCUCUCUCGGCCCUACUCUCCUCUCGUCCUUUUUCUAUCUCUCGUUCCGUCUUCUCUCUCGUGCUCUCUCUCUCUCGUUGCUCUCUUCUUAGGCUUCGCUGGCCUCAUCUCUCUCGUUUGACCUCUCUCUUCCUGCUGACCUCUCUCUCCAGCUCGUGCUUCUCUCUCUCUCUCGCUCGCUGCCCUCUCUCGCAUGCAUCGCUGCCGUCUCUCUUCCGCUCGCUCGCUGCCUUCUUCUUCUGCUCGCUCGUGCCUCUCUCUCCAUCGUCGCUUGCACCUCUCUCUUCGCUCGCUCGCUGCCUCUCUCUCUCGCUCGCUCGCUGCCCCUCUCGCUCGCUCGCUCGCUGCCCCUCUCUCCGCUCGCUCGUGCCUCUUCUCGCUCGCUCGCUGCCUCUCUCUCUCGCUCGUCGCUGCCUCUCUCGCUCGCUCGCCGCUGCCCCUAUUUCGCUCGCUCGCUGCCCUCUCUCUCCGCUCGCUCGCUGCCUCUCUCUCUCGUUCGCUCGCUGCCUCUCUCUCUCUCGCUCGCUGCCUCUCUCUCUCUCUCGCUCGCUGCCUUUUCUCUUCCUCGCCCCGCUGCCUCUCUUCUCGCUCGCUGCCCUCUCUCUCUCGCUCGCUCGCGCUCUCUCUCUCGUCGCUCGCUGCCUCUCUCUCGCUCACUCGCUGCCUCUCUCUCGCUCGCUCGCUCGCUGCCUCUCUCUCGCUCGCUCGCUGGCUCUCUCUCUCUCGUCGCUCGCUGCCUCUCUCUCUCGCUCGCUCGCUGCCUCUCUCUCGCUCGCUCGCUGCCUCUCUCUCGCUCGCUCGCUGCCUCUCUCUCUCUCGCUCGCUCGCUGCCUCUCUCUCUCGCUCGCUCGCUGCCUCUCUCUCUCUCGCUCGCUCGCUGCCUCUCUCUCUCUCGCUCGCUCGCUGCCUCUCUCUCUCGCUCGCUCGCUGCCUCUUUCUCUCUCGCUCGCUCGCUGCCUCUCUCUCCUCGCUCGCUGCCUCUCUCUCUCCGCUCGCUGCCUCUCUCUCGCUCGCUGCCUCUCUCUCUCUCGCUCGCUGCCUCUCUCUCUCUCGCUCGCUCGCUGCCUUUCUCUCUCGCUCGCUGCCCCUCUCUCUCUCUCUGCUCGGCCUCUCUCUCGGUCUCUCCGGCCUCUCGGUCUCUCUCGCUGCCUGUCGGUCUCUGCCUGUCGGUCUCUCUUCCUUAUAAACAUUAACUAUGGAAUGCAAAUGGAAUUUUGACUUGGGAGCACCAGUGCCGCUCAGAUAAUACAUUGAAUAGCACAUGGUUACAUCUGUAUCAUUGUUUCAAGUCCGGUGUGCUCAGGCUGUUGUUGGAUUUGUAUUAUUUGAGGGGAGUGCAUGAGCAAAGUCAUUUGUAUUAUUUGACUUUUCCUGUGAGAACCUUUACCACAAGCAUGUCUGAUUAGGUUUAGCUGUACCACAGCCUCUGGCAUAGAAACAAACAUGGCUUAGUGUCCGUGGUUGCUCAUUUACAAAGCAGAAAACCGCUUGUCUCCAAACUGAAGACCUAUUUUACCGGAGCAAACUUUUUUUAUUUCUAGCACCAAUUCGCAGGACACUCUUAAAGGGGUAUACACAAAUUAAUUAUCAUGACGUUCCAAUAAACCCCAUUUCAUCUUUACAUUUUGGGGGGGGGGGGGAUCCCAUCAAGGUGUGCCACGGUUCAAAAAGGGUUGGAAACUACUGGUUUAUACAACCACCUGAAAAACAGAACCCAUUGUGAAACUGAAAGCAAAUGGAUAAUAACCUUCCUUGGCCUUUGGUCCUUCUUGUAUGAUGAUACUUUGAUAUUAGGGCUGGGUGAUACAGACAAAAUAUCGUAUGAUAUUUUUCUCAUAUUUGACGGUAUUUUAUGUUUCUGAAUAAUACAAGUUCUAAAUAUGAUUUGAGUAGUGCAUAACCCUAGAAUGGUGGCAACCUGAAUUCUAAGUGAUUUUAAUAGGCUUUCUCUAUUCUGAUGGUUUUGUACUCAACCAAACUAGGAAGAAACUGAUAGUGACGUUGUCCAACUUGUUGAACUUUUCAUUUAUUGAGCACUGUAUAAAAAUACCUUUAUAGAUGGUACGUGGAUCCAUAUCGGUAUUCACAAUAUAUCGCCCAGCACUAUUUGUAAUUGCUCCUAACUUUCCCUUUCUUUACGGGUUUUGUCUAGGUGAUAUCACCCAGCUGCAAUGAUGACCUGACAGUCAGGAAAGACCAAUGUUUAGUGAGAUCAUUUGCAGACUCCAAAUUGUAAGUAUUGUUCAUCCUACUCUUGUGUUGUAGAGUUAAGGAAAUUCUGGUCAGUUUACAAAUAUUAUGUCUUGUUUGAUAUUUGCCCCAUACAUUUUCUAGCCAAGGGCAAUGUAAACAUGCAUGUAUUUUUGCUAUUAUUUGCUAUUAUAGUGUUCUCAGAAUUGGUAACAUUUGUAGCUGAAUACACAUGCAUUUAGAUGUUUUUUUUGUGGGGGGUUUUUCAGUCGCACGGUGGCAAGAAAGGAGAUCCAUGAAGUGAACAUGGAUAGCGUAUCUAAAGCUGAGUUCUCGUCGAGGAAUGGUAAGGUUGGCUCACAUAGGUGUUCCUAUGGAGAAAUGUAUUGUCCAAGUCAACUGAAUUGACAUAAAAUUAACCUGUAACUCUUGACUUCCUCUGGCUAUUCCCAGGUUUGGAGGAGGCAGUGUAUUUCCUCAAAACCAAGGUGGUCCCUGACAGUUGGAAGAUGGACAUGAGCGAGAUCUUAGAAUCCUCCAGCAGUGAUGAGGAGGAGGACAAGGAAGGAGAAGAUAGUGAGGAGGAGGAGGAGGAGAAGGAGGAGGAUGACGACGAGGUAAGAAGAACACUGUUCUGUUUCAGGCUAGAAGGUUAUUUCAAGCCUACAAGUAAACCACUUUCCUUUUAGGUGCUGACUGGACCAGCACCUUGCCACAUUCAGAAAUUAGACAUUUCUAUCAGUUUUGACAAAGCAGUAGUUUAACUGUAUACUGAAGUGUAAUGUUCUAACAAUUGCCAUCAUAACCUGCUUGUGAAGCCUGGGCUUGGCUAUCGUAAUAGGUACUACUUCACGGAGGGAGAAAAAAGGAAGUUCUUAUCUUAUUUUGCCAUGAUAAGGGUUCAAAACGAGAGCCGUCUCCAUUGAGUAAUGUAAACCCAGCUGUUGUAUUGCACACUGUAGUGACCUCACCUGCCUGGUCUGUCAAUGAAGUUGGCUUGUACAAUGCCUUCAUUGCAUUCCCACUCUGACAUCUUAUGGCUACUGAAUCACCUUGAUUGAGCCAGACUCCCAAUAGACCCUGGAUGCAUCCCAAAUUGCACUAUAUUCCUUUUUAGUGUACUGGUAACUACAUUUGACCAGGGCCCAUAGUCACUAGGGUGCCAUUUGGGACACACCCCCAGUGUGUGGGACAGCCCCUGCCUCAGGAACAACAAUGGUUUCAUUCUUCUUGCUCCCAGAGUUUUGGACAAAUGGCCAUUUGUGUGGUUUCCGACACUGUUCCCAUAGCAACCGGCAGCUACUUCCUAUCGUUUAGAGAGGGGCUGUGGGGAUUGGCUGUGGUCCAGUGGAGUCGUGCCAGCCAGGCUGUCCUAAAAUAGGUUCACUUUACUGUGUAUUUACUUGUGUCUGGAGCAUUUUAUGUCAAUCAUGGUAUAGUUCACACAUUACACACACAGUACAUUCAGGAAGUAUUCAGACCCCUUGACUUUUUUUUUUGUAAAUUAUUUCAUGCAAGUGACUUGGCUUGACAAGUAACAGAAUGAGCAACAUUUUCAGAAGCAAAGUAUGAGCUCAAAAUAAUCUGUUACCUGACUGACUACUGGCCUUGGUAUACGUAACAUUUUCCUCUGCUCUAGUAGCAUUGCUAGCUCUACAGGAAUGUACAGUUGAAGUCGGAAGUUUACAUACUUAGGUUGGAGUCAUUAACUUUUUCAACCACUCCACAAAUUUCUUGUUAACAGACUAUAGUUUUGGCAAGUCGGUUAGGACAUCUACUUUGUGCAUGACAAAAGUAAUUUUUCCAACAAUUGUUUACAGACAGAUUAUUUCACUUAUAAUUCACUGUAUCACAAUUCCAGUGGGUCAGAAGUUUACAUACACUAAGUUGACUGUGCCUUUAAACAGCUUGGAAAAUCCAGAAAAUGAUGUCAUGGCUUUAGAAGCUUCUGAUAGGCUAAUUGACAUCAUUUUAGUAAAUUGGAGGUGUACCUGUGGAUGUAUUUCAAGGCCUACCUUCAAACUCAGUGCCACUUUGCUUGACAUCAUGGGAAAAUCAAAAUAAAUCAGCCAAGACCUCAGAAAAAAAAUUGUAGACCUCCACAAGUCUGGUUAACCCUUGGGAGCAAUUUCCAAACACAUGAAGGUACCACAAUCUGUACAAACAAUAGUAUGCAAGUAUAAACACCAUGGGACCACGCAGCCGUCAUACCGCUCAGGAAGGAGACACGUUCUGUCUCCUAGAGAUUAAUGUACUUUGGUGCGAAAAGUGCAAAUAAAUCCCAGAACAACAGCAAAGGACCUUGUGAAGAUGCUGGAGGAAACAGGUACAAAAGUAUCUAUAUCCACAGUAAAACGAGUCCUAUAUCGACAUAACUUGAAAGGCCGCUCAGCAAGGAAGAAGCCACUGCUCCAAAACUGCCAUAAAAAAGCAAGACUACGGUUUGAAAAAGCCAGACUACGGUUUGCAACUGCACAUGGGGACAAAGAUCAUACUUUUUGGAGAUGUCCUCUAGUCUGAUGAAACAAACAAAAAUAGAACUGUUUGGCCAUAAUGACCAUCAUUAUGUUUGGAGGAAAAAGCGUGUGCGAGCAAGGAGGCCUACAAACCUGACUCAGUUACACCAGCUCUGUCAGGAGGAAUGGGCCAAAAUUCACCCAACUUAUUGUGGGAAGCUUGUGGAAGGCUACCUGAAACGUUUGACCCAAGUUAAACAAUUUAAAGACAAUGCUACCAAAUACUAAUUGAGUGUAUGUAAACUUCUGACCCACUGGGAAUGUGAUGAAAGAAAUAAAAGCUGAAAUCAUUCUCUCUACUAUUAUUCUGACAUUUCACGUUCUUAAAAUAAUGUGGUGAUCCUAACUGACCUAAGACAGGGAAUUUCUACUAGGAUUAAAUGUCAGGAAUAGUGAAAAACUUAGUUUAAAUGUAUUUGGCUAAGGUGUAUGUAAACUUCCGACUUCAACGGUAGCUAUGUCGAGACUGAUGGGGUUUUACGUGCAUGCCUCGUUGUCUUCCCUCUUUUUAAAAACGUUACCUUUAUUUUACCAAGUUAGUUGCAUUGAUAUUUGGGGCUAAAAUAUGUUUGUCAAGAGACCUUGUCAAAACAGCAGCACAAUCACUGACUGAUAAUGACUAACAUAUCGUCGGUUGAUGCCUCAUUUGCCUAUUUUAACCAAGGUGUGUUGCGUUUACCUUCCCAGCAGCCUGAGGACGAGGCGGACCCAGAGGAGAGGGAUCACUUCCUGCAGCAGCUGUAUAAGUUCAUGGAGGAUCGAGGUGAGCCUUCAGCCCUGUCCCAUAUCCUCCUGCCAUCUCCCCGUUUAUAUGUCCCAAAUAGCACCCUAUUUCCUAUAUAGUGCCCUACUUUUGACAUGGGCCAAUUGGUGAUCUUUCAUAUGACUUACUGCGCACAACACUUUACUGCAAGCGCACAAACACACUACCUGGCCGGCUCUGGCUCUGAAUGCCCCAUCCAUCCUUCAUUUGAUUUCACUGCAGUUCUUUAUCACAUAAUGCAUCCUUAUCAGUCAUUCAACGACAACACAUGAAAUAAGAACAAUGGUCCUGUGAUUUGGAAUGCCCUAGAAUGUGCUGCUUUUCCUCUGUGUAACGUCACUGCUCCUCUUGUCCUCUCAUCCUCAGGGACGCCAAUUAACAAGCCUCCUGUGCUCGGCUACAAGGAUCUGAACCUCUUCAAGCUCUUCAGGCUAGUCUACCAGCAGGGGGGCUGUGACAAAGUGAGUGAAUCUCAUCUAUACAGCUACCCCCCCCCCCCCCCCCCUUUCAUCUGAGUCCUCCUCACAGACUGUCUGGUCUCGUCAUCUAAUGUGAACAACCUGUUCUCACCAGCUUUGUCUCUCCUCUGCCUCUGUAAGCAGACUUGCAGCAUUUAGAUUUUUAGUGGACUAUCAAGGUCAUGGAGGGGCUGUCUGGCUGGUGUUUUGCACGUCAGCUGCUAUGAGGGCAAAGAAAACAACAGGCCUGAAAUAUGACUUAACAAUUUUGACGUUGGUAGCGUUUUGUCUCACUACCUCCCUGUUUGUUUUGUUGAAGAUAUUAUUGAUAUAGCGUAGCCUACAUGAAUGAUUAUUCAUAUGUUACGUUGAUGGUUGUUAUUUGCAGAUUGAAAGUGGAUCUGUGUGGAAACAAAUCUACAUGGACCUGGGCAUUCCCAUCCUAAACUCUGCUGCCUCCUACAAUGUGAAGACUGCCUACAGAAAGUAGGUGUUGGUUCUCCUCACUCAGACUGAAAAGCGCUCUUUACCAGACAAGUCUUUAUUUUGAAGCUAUUGACAGUCAUUUGCGUUGACGUUGAGAAAUGAACUCAAUGUCUGUUGCCGUGAUAAAUUCAAACUGUGUUCUAGGCCGGAUUACUGUGAGUCUAUAUAAAUACAUUUGAUUGAUGGAUAUUUUAAGUUUUUUGCACCAAGAUUAUUUAGAAGUGUGUGGUGAGUGACAUUUACUGUGCUUGAGGGAGUGCUAAUACAUUGUGUGUGUAUUUGUGUGUAGGUACCUGUAUGGCUUUGAGGAGUACUGCCGCUCAGCCUGCAUCGUGUUCAGGACCAUCCACCACAACGAGGCUCGUCCAGCCUCCCAGUCCUCCCAGUCCCAGACAGAGCAUAAGGCUGCCCAGGUCCUUCAGGUAACGGUGAAGGACAAAGACAAGGAGAGCCAGGGUCCAACACCACCCGUCCAGACUGAGUCUGUUGCAUCCACAGAGGACAAGCCUGCCCAGGAGGAGGCUGAGUCGGGGAGUGAGAGUGACAAAGAGGGCCACACAGAUAUCUCCUCUCCCAGGGUUAGUAGGAGUUUUCAAAAACAACUUUUGUCCUGUGUGGUGGUUUACUUGUGAUUUGCACACAACUUUUUCUGAACUCUGUUAGAUUUCCUCCCAAUUCGCCUUCUCAAAAUUAAUUGAACUUGGGUUCAUCCCAUCUGAUCUUUUCAUCUAAUGCGUUUUGAGGAAGAGGCGAGGAAAAAGUGAGAAAGCGCUGUACUAUAGUUACUGUAGAUUUUUUGCAGAGUUCCAGACACUAAUCUGUUCUCAAUCCUUUCCCUCAGGGGAGGAGACGGUGCACUGUGACCCCGGUCAAAGCUGAGACGAAGGAACCUGUCAAGCUGGAGAAGAUCAAAGAGCAGGAGCCGAGUGGUCUGGGUGUGGGGGAGACCAGCGGAGAGGAGACGGGAGGUCAAAGAGAAAGCAGCAGGUCAGACGGAGGGGACACCCCGGGGAAGAAAUGCAGCCGACGCCUGGAGGAGUCCGAUAAAGAGUCUGAGGACGAAGGGGAAGAUGAGGACAGCGAGAGGAGAGUUGGAGAACGGUACUGUUGAAUGUUAAUGAAACAUCACAGUGUAAUAUUAAUGGUGAUCGAUUUAAUGGAAUGUUUAAGAUGAGGUAAUGAAUGAAUGUCACCUCAGGGCAAGUCUAUUGGCUGCCAAGUAUGAAUCUUCUCAAGUUCCUCCAUUUUGUACUUGUCAGGAUGUGUUGCCAUUGAACAGAAUAGAAUGUUGUGAAUUGGGUAACACACAGGCAGAAUAUAAUUAUAAUCUCAGUGUGGUUUCACAUACUUGCUGAAAGUCUUGUGAUGCCAUGUUUUCUGGUUGGUUUCCUAUUGGAUGGGAGUGCAGCGGAAUUGUUUUGUUUUGCUGUAGUGUGCCGAGCUCACUGUCGUAUUCUCACUAGGAAGCAAACUGACCGAAACGGGGAGAGAAGACCUACCUAAACUUGUCCAAUAAGAAACACACAUUUUUGUUGCAAAACGUUUUGCUACGGUGUGAACUAAUGAAUGAGUCCCAUUUAUAUCAUGUGAAAUUGGAGUAGUGCCAGUUGUACUGGCUGAAAAGCUUCUUCACUGAGUUUGAGGGCCUCGUUCUGAUGGCUCUACAGGGAGCCCAAAGGUCUUUUGUGAUGUUACUGUAGGACUGUUUUGUUCGAUCACAGAAAAGGAGUCUGUAGAGAACCCUUGAGUAGCCUGGCCUACCAGGGUAAAGCGACGUGUCCUGCCCAGGGUUUUGAUGAAAAUAAGCGUUUGCAUCUUUAUGAACAGCGAGGUCUGUCGAGAGGUCAGCUUAGCUUCUCCAUCUACAGUGCCUUCAGAAUGCAUUCACACUCCUUGACUUUUUCCACAUUUUGUUGUGUUACAACCUUAAUUUAAAAUGGAUUAAAUGUCCAUAAAAAAAAGGUCACUGGCUUACACACAAUACUCUAUAAUGUCAGCGGGAAAAAAAAAAAAAAAAAACAAUUAUACAACAUUUAAAGCUGAAAUGUCUUGAGUCAAUAAGUAUUCAGCCUCUUUGUUAUGGCAAGCCUCAAUAAGUUCAGGAGUGAAAAUGUGCUUAACAAGUUGCAUGGACUCACUCUGAGCACAAUAAUAGUUUUUAACAUGAUUUUUGAUUUCUGUACCCCACACAUACAUUUAUCUGUAAGGUCCCUCAGUCGAGCAGUGAAUUUCAAACACAGAUUCAACCACAAAGACCAGGGAGGUUUUCCAAUGCCUCGCAAAGAAGGACACCUGUUGGUAGAUGCGUAAAAAUAAAAUAAGCAGACAUUGAAUAUCCCUUUGAGCAUGGUGAAGUUAUCAAUUACACUUUGGAUGGUGUACACCCAGUCCCUACAAAGAUACAGACGUCCCUCCUAACUCAAUUUCCGGAGAGAAAUUAAACCACUCACCAUGAGGCCAAUUGUGACUUUAAAACUGUUAGAGUUGAAUGGAUGUGAUAGGAGAAAACUGAGGAUGGAUCAAACAUUGUAGUUACUCCACAAUACUAACCUCAUUGACAGAGUGAAAAACAGGAAGCCUGUACAGAAUACAAAUAUUCCAAAACAUGCGUCCUGUUUGCAACAAGACACAAAAGUAAUACUGCAAAUAAAUGUGGCAAAGAAAAUAACUUUUUGUCCUGAAUAAAAGUGUUAUGUUUGGGGCAAAUCCAAUACAACACAUUACUGAGUACCACUCUCCAUAUUUUCAAGCAUAGUGGUAGCCGCAUCAUGUUAUGGGUACAGUGCAUUCGGAAAGUAUUCAGACCCCUUGACUUUUUCCACAUUUUGUUACGUUACAGCCUUAUUCUAAAAUGUAUUAAAUAAAAAAUGUUCCACAGCAAUCUACACACAAUACCCCAUAAUGACAAAGCGAAAACAGGCUCUUAGAAAUGUUUACAAAGUUAAAAAUAAUCAACUGAAAUACCUAUUUACGUAUUCAGACCCUUUGCUAUGAGACUCCAAAUUGAGCUCAGGUGCAACCUGUUUCCAUUGGUCAUCCUUGAGAUGUUUCUACAACUUGAUUGGAGUCCACCUGUGGUAAAUUCAAUUGAUUAGGCAUGAUUUGGGAAGGCACACACCUGUCUAUAUAAGGUCCCACAGUUGACAGAGCAUGUCAGAGCAAAAACCAAGCCAUGAAGUCCAAGGAAUUGUCUGUAGAGCUCCAAGACAGGAUUGUGUCGAGGCACAGAUCUGGGGAAGGGUACCAACACAUUUCUGCAGCAUUGACGAUCCCCAAGAACACAGUGGCCUCUACAAACUUCUUCCAUUUAAGAAUGAUAACCACCAAGACUCUUCCUAGAGCUGGCCGCCCGGCCAAACUGAGCAAUCGGGGGAGAAGGGCCUUGGUCAGGGAAGUGACCAAGAACCCAGUGGUCACUCUGACAGAGCUCUGGAGUUCCUCUGUGGAGAUGGGAGAGCCUUCCAGAAGGACAACCAUCUCUGCAGCACUCCACCAAUCAGGCCUUCAUGGUAGUGGCCAGACGGAAGCCACUCCUCAGUAAAAGGCACAUGACAGCCCGCUUGGAAUUUGCCAAAAGGCACCUAAAGACAAUGCAGGAGUGGCUUCGGGACAAGUCUCUGAAUGUCCUUGAGUGGCCCAGCCAGAGCCCGGACUUGAAACCGAUCGAACAUCUCUGGAGAGACCUGAAAAUAGCUAUGCAGCAACGCUCCCCAUCUAACCUGACAGAGCUUGAGAGGAUCUGCAGAGAAGAAUGUGAGAAACACCCCAAGUACAGGUGUUCCAAGCUUGUAGGGUAAUACCCAAGAAGACUUGAGGCUGUAAUCGCUGCCAAAGGUGCUUCAACAAAGUACUGAGUAAAGGGUCUGAAUACUUAUGUAAAUGUAAUAUUUCAGUUUUUUAUUUUUUAUAAAUUAGCAAACAUUUCUACAAACCUGUUUUUGCUUUGUCAUUAUAUGGUAUUGUGUGUAGAUUGAAGGUACAUAAAAAAUAAAAAUAAAGAUUUUUAGAAUAAGGCUGUAACGUAACAACGUGGAAAAAGUCAAGGGGUCUGAACACUUUCUAAAGGCACUGUAUGCUUGUAAUCGUUAACGACUGGGGAGUUUCUCAGGAUAAAAAUAAACUUGAUGGAGCUAAGCACAGGCAAAAUCAUAGAGGAAAACCUGGUUCAGUCUGCUUUCCACCAGACACUGGGAGAUUUAAUUAACCUUUAAGUAACCUAAAACACAAGGCCAAAUCUACACUAGAGCUGCUUACCAAGAUGACAGUGAAUGUUCCUGAGUGGCCAAUGAACAGUUUAGACUUAAAUCUACUUAAAAAUCUAUGGCAAGACCUGAAAAUGGUUGUUUAGCAAUGAUCAACAACCAAUUUGACAGAGCUUGAUGAAUUUUGAAAAGCGUAAUGGGUGAAUGUUGCACAAUCCAGGUGUGGAAAGCACUUCGAUUUAUCCAGAAAGACUAAAAGCUGUCUACGGUCCUUCUACAAAGUAUUGACUCGGGUGUGAAUACUUAUGUAAAUUAGAUAUUUAAUUUUCAAUACAUUUGAAAACAUUUCUGAAAACAUGUUUUCACGUUGUCAUUAUGGGGUAUUGUACAGUGGGGAAAAAAAGUAUUUAGUCAGCCACCAAUUGUGCAAGUUCUCCCACUUAAAAAGAUGAGAGGCCUGUAAUUUUCAUCAUAGGUACACGUCAACUAUGACAGACAAAAUGAGGAAAAAAAAUCCAGAAAAUCACAUUGUAGAAUUUUUAAUGAAUUUAUUUGCAAAUUAUGGUGGAAAAUAAGUAUUUGGUCACCUACAAACAAGCACGAUUUCUGGCUCUCACAGACCUGUAACUUCUUCUUUAAGAGGCUCCUCUGUCCUCCACUCGUUACCUGUAUUAAUGGCACCUGUUUGAACUUGUUAUCAGUAUAAAAGACACCUGUCCACAACCUCAAACAGUCACACUCCAAACUCCACUAUGGCCAAGACCAAAGAGCUGUCAAAGGACACCAGAAACAAAAUUGUAGACCUGCACCAGGCUGGGAAGACUGAAUCUGCAAUAGGUAAGCAGCUUGGUUUGAAGAAAUCAACUUUGGGAGCAAUUAUUAGGAAAUGGAAGACAUACAAGACCACUGAUAAUCUCCCUCGAUCUGGGGCUCCACGCAAGAUCUCACCCCACAGUUGAUUCAAAAAUGAUCACAAGAACGGUGAGCAAAAAUCCCAGAACCACACAGGGGGACCUAGUGAAUGACCUGCAGAGAGCUGGGACCAAAGUAACAAAGCCUACCAUCAGUAACACACUACGCCGCCAGGGACUCAAAUCCUGCAGUGCCAGACGUGUCCCCCUGCUUAAGCCAGUACAUGUCCAGGCCCGUCUGAAGUUUGCUAGAGUGCAUUUGGAUGAUCCAGAAGAGGAUUGGGAGAAUGUCAUAUGGUCAGAUGAAACCAAAAUAGAACUUUUUGGUAAAAACUCAACUCGUCGUGUUGGGAGGACAAAGAAUGCUGAGUUGCAUCCUAAGGACACCAUACCUACUGUGAAGCAUGGGGGUGGAAACAUCAUGCUUUGGGGCUGUUUUUCUGCAAAGGGACCAGGAUGACUGAUCCGUGUAAAGGAAAGAAUGAAUGGGGCCAUGUAUCGUGAGAUUUUGAGUGAAAACCUCCUUCCAUCAGCAAGGGCAUUGAAGAUGAAACGUGGCUGGGUCUUUCAGCAUGACAAUGAUCCCAAACACACCGCCCGGGCAACGAAGGAGUGGCUUCGUAAGAAGCAUUUCAAGGUCCUGGAGUGGCCUAGCCAGUCUCCAGAUCUCAACCCCAUAGAAAAUCUUUGGAGGGAGUUGAAAGUCCGUGUUGCCCAGCGACAGCCCCAAAACAUCACUGCUCUAGAGGAGAUCUGCAUGGAGGAAUGGGCCAAAAUACCAGCAACAGUGUGUGGAAACCUUGUGAAGACUUACAGAAAACGUUUGACCUGUGUCAUUGCCAACAAAGGGUAUAUAACAAAGUAUUGAGAAACUUUUGUUAUUGACCAAAUACUUAUUUUCCACCAUAAUUUGCAAAUAAAUUCAUAAAAAAUCCUACAAUGUGAUUUUCUGGAUUUCUUUCUCUCAUUUUGUCUGUCAUAGUUGACGUGUACCUAUGAUGAAAAUUACAGGCCUCUCAUCUUUUUAAGUGGGAGAACUUGCAUAAUUGGUGGCUGACUAAAUACUUUUUCCCCCCACUGUAUGUAGAUGGGUGAUAAAUACUUUUUAAUAAAUGUUGAAUUCAGGCUGUAACACAAUGUGGAAUCAGUCAAGGGGUAUGAAUAUUUACUGAGGGCACUGUAUGUUGAACAAGCUUUGAACCUGUGUUAAUGGUGAUAGUAACCUGCUUUUGGAGGUUAGCUAGCAGCUGCUUCUUUAUUUUACCUGCAUUUGGAACUUGUAUGUUGAUUUACACAAUCACCUUUUGAUUCAAGUCAUGAUUAGGGAUAUUUUAGGCAAGGGUGAUCAGCUAAACAUGAGCAGCUAGCUUUUAUUUUUGUGAAUGGGCACCGUAAGUAUGCAUGGGUUGGGUUACUAAAAGAUUUAAAAGGCUAUUUGGGACAGCUUUUCUGUUGCCUGGUUACCCAUCCACAUUGCUCCGGCCAAACGCCUCGCCCACUAAUGUUCUUUCUCUACAAUGAGUCUGGGGCGUGUUCAAAUAGAAAUAGGCUAUGUAGAUCAAACACGACUCCGACAUGUAGAAUAAGGAAUCACAUCGGCUCUAUUCAUGGCAUUUCUAUCUGCAACAUUCAAGAAUAUUUGGCAACUGAACAAGGCCCUGGAUUUUCCUCCCUCCCUGCCGACUUCUGUAAUGCAAACACAUUCUGACCUUUCUGGUUGGUCCUAGAAACCGAUGGGUUUGGCCAGAGCCGGCCUACAUAAUGACGUCAACGUUGAUACUCUGAUUGGUUAAUCGCUGUUGAAUUUGUUUUGUACGCCCCUCAUUUUGAUGUCACACAAACAAAUUCUAGGAUGUCAGUUUCAGACAAUGUAUGUAGUGAUCGUCAGAAGAGCAGCGGAACUAUUCAGGAUUAUGAGUCAUUAGGCUAAGCUUUUCUGUGCAUAGGUUUUUUCCUUUGGCCCUGUUUUGAUGUGCUGCGUGUGUACAGGGCUGAGGACGAGGACUCAGAAGACUCUGUGACAGGGACUAAGGUGAAGGUGAAGUACGGCCGAGGGAAGACCCAGAAGAUAUACGAGGCCAACAUCAAGAAGACUGAGAACGAUGAUGCCGGAGAUGUCCUGUACCUGGUCCACUACUAUGGCUGGAACGUCAGGUAACCCAUGGACACAUGCUUCCAUUCUCACCCACCUCAAAGACAUUAUGGGGAUUUCUGUGUGUUUAUGAUUCGCUGUCUUGGUCAUGGCAGUAUUUUCAGUAUUACUUAUCCACCUGUCUCUAUUUCUCUCUGUUUUUGAAGUUACUUGACUGUCAAUGUAGUGCGAGGAUCUUUCUGCCAUAGAAACCCUUGGGCGGGCUGCUUAAGCGUUUUUUUUGGGACACCUAAGUCCAAACUGUAAAAUAUAAUAUUUUUAGACCUACAUUUUCGGGAUGGAAGAACGCUUUCAGUGUAAACUUAAACUAAAACCAGAUAUAAAGUAUGUAGAAAAGAUAAUGGACCUAUAUAUUUUUUAAAUAAUAUAAUCUUUGAGAACUAACAGUCACCAAAAUAAAAGCUUGACAGUCAGGGGAGUUGAAAAUUCCCAAAACAUUGAAUUUAACAGUAUUGAUUUUGUUAUUAAGUUUAAGAACACUGCAUUAGCCAUGGCAAAAUGAACAGAAUUGCUGGAAAUUAUCUUUAAAACUGCAACAUUUUCUCUCAGCUCCAUGGCAAAAUGUGUAGAAUUGCCGGAAAUUAACUUUAAAAGUAAAUCUCAGCUCCAUUGAGAAAUUCGUAGAAUUGCAGGAAAUUGACCACUAUCAUUGCCACGCCCAUCGCCUAAGCCCCUUUUUGAUCCAGAAAUAAACCUGUAAUUUGUUUCUUAGUGCAAGCAGUGUGUUACUGUUGCAUGUGUAUAAUCUGAGAGAUUUAAUGAGUGAGUCUAGCUAUAAUGUUUACGGUUUAAUUUCCCCUCUAUAGGUAUGAUGAGUGGGUCAAAGCAGACCGGAUUAUCUGGCCUGUCGACAAGGGCGGAACAAAAAAUAAACAGAAAAAGAAAGUCAUGAACAAAGAGGAUGGAGAGAAGGACAAGCAGGGGAAGCUGGGUGGGUUGAGAGGUCGCCCUCUUCUCAGAACCACUCCCCCCAGUGCCAACCGCAGCGUCUCCAAGACCCCCAGCCGUGAGGGGCGCUCCAGCAGCAAGAGCAAAUCUGACUCAUCAGCCCUGCCCAACGGAGAGGGUAAGAGACACGAGACCUGUACCUAAACCAGCAUGUAACAUGACUCCACGGGUGCAUCCCAAUAGUGAACCUUGGCUUUCUUUUCUCAUCUCAUCACCUUAAUCUGCACCUAUUAUCAGUCCUAUGGAGAGGGUGGACCUGUGGGGCUUGUUCAGCAGGGUGCAAUGUUAUAGAAUGUUCAGACCGAAACGUAGAAUAGAUCUGCAGCGUCUGUCAUGUAGAAUCGUGACAACUUUAUUCAUUCAAUUUGUCUGUGAACAGGUACCCCUCGCCGACGCACAAGAAGAACCUCUGGGAUGUAUGACUCGGACAGGGAUGCCAACUCCAAUGGUAAGUACAUACCUUUAAAUACAGAGGCAGUAUAGUGUAGUCACUACUUUAAUUAGGAUAACUAUGAUAGUCCACAUCUAAGGAUGAUUAGAGGGUGUUUCUGGCCACGUGAGGCGGAUUUUAUCAGACACAGAUUAAACCUAGUCCUGGGCUAAAGUAGCCCUUUCAGUGGACAUUCUGCAUUGAUUUUGAGUCCAGGACUACACUUAAUCUGUGUCUGGGGAAACUACCCCUUGGUGUUUGGAAGUAAUGGUUAUUUAAAUGAUUGAAGCCAGGAAUUUUGUUAGGAUGGAAGCUAACCCUUGAUGUGCCCCCUCUACUUCUCUUAGAAGAGUCAGGGAAUUCGUUUGAGGACAGUGAGUCAGAGGAUUCUCCUGAGAAGAAGCCUGCAUGGGCGGAGAGAACGGACCCCGCCACGGCCCGUAAGCAGGAAGAGGAGGAGGACCUGAGGGUGGAGAGAGGAAGAGCAGAGGCAGUGGCCGCCGCAGCCCAAGCAGCAGCACAGCUCCAGCCCCCCAGCAGCCCUCAGGAGAAGGAGCAGCAGGAGGACAAACUCCCUGAGAGGAGGGAGCCUGUGAAGGAGAAAGAGGAGGCUGAGGAGCAGCCCCAGGCGCCCCCCAUGACCCCUGAACCCAACAGACCCAAGGAAGAGGACCCCCCUACCCCGAAAUCCCCCAGGUCUAAAGCAGCACGUAGAAGUAACGUUAGAGAGCCAGAGAGGAACACCAACAACACUGAGUCUGAAACACCCACCAACACCAUCAUCACCACCACUCCCAACCACACUGAGACAGAGUCGUCCCCCAGCCCACGCCCCCUGAAGAGGCAGGAUGAGCCCAUGGUGGUCCUUCACUGUCUCCCUGCUGAGCACCUACCCAGCAUGCCCGACCUCCCCAUCAUGGACUCCGACACAGACUCCGCCACGGAGGAGGAGAUUUGCAGGGAGCAGCGAGUCGUGGCCAAGCGUAAAGCCACAGAGCACAGGACGCCAGACAAGAAGGUGCGUCUAGACUGGAGGGAGGAGACUGCCAAAAUGGGAUCGCCUGAGAGGAGGCCCCAUGAUUCGCCUGGCGGGAGGCCCCAUGAUUCGCCUGGGGGGAGGCCCCAUGAUUCGCCUGGGGGGAGGCCCCAUGAUUCGCCUGGGGGGAGGCCCCAUGAUUCGCCUUGGGGGAGGCCCCAUGAUUCGCCUGGGGGGAGGCCCCAUGAUUCGCCUGGGGGGAGGCCCCAUGAUUCGCCUGGGGGGAGGCCCCAUGAUUCGCCUGGGGAGAGGCCCCCUGAUUCGCCAGCGGGGAGGCACCCUGAUUCGCCAGCGGGGAGGCCCCCUGAGUCGCCAGCGGGGAGGCCCCCUAGGUCGCCAGCGGGGAGGCCCCCUGAGUCGCCAGCGGGGAGGCCCACUGAGUCGCCAGCGGGGAGGCCCCCUGAGUCGCCAGCGGGGAGGCCCCUGAGUCGCCAGCGGGGAGGCCCCUGAGUCGCCAGCGGGAGGCCCCUGAGUCGCCAGCGGGCAGGCCCACUGAGUCGCCAGCGGGCAGGCCCCCUGAGUCGCCAGCGGGCAGGCCCCUGAGUCGCCAGCGGGAGGCCCACUGAGUCGCCAGCGGGCAGGCCCACUGAGUCGCCAGCGGGGAGGCCCACUGAGUCGCCAGCGGGGAGGCCCCCUGAGUCGCCAGCGGGAGGCCCACUGAGUCGCCAGCGGGGAGGCCCACUGAGUCGCCAGCGGGGAGGCCCACUGAGUCGCCAGCGGGCAGGCCCACUGAGUCGCCAGCGGGAGGCCCGGCCAGCGGGCAGGCCCACUGAGUCGCCAGCGGGCAGGCCCACUGAGUCGCCAGCGGGCAGGCCCACUGAGUCGCCAGCGGGGAGGCCCACUGAGUCGCCAGCGGGGAGGCCCACUGAGUCGCCAGCGGGGAGGCCCACUGAGUCGCCAGCGGGGAGGCCCACUGAGUCGCCAGCGGGGAGGCCCACUGAGUCGCCAGCGGGGAGGCCCACUGAGUCGCCAGCGGGGAGGCCCACUGAGUCGCCAGCGGGGAGGCCCACUGAGUCGCCAGCGGGGAGGCCCACUGAGUCGCCAGCCGGGAGGCCCACGACUCCAGAGCAGAGGCUGGAGGCGGGGGGACAGAAAGGAGAAGAGUGCCUGACGCCAGUGACGGGUAAAACGGAGCCGGAGGUUAAAACAGAGAUGCCUGCCCUCACUCCUGAGGUGCAGUGUCGAGGUCCAGGAGAGGGAGGUAUCACAGGAGGUUGGCCCAGGUCGGAGCAGCCAGGCUCGGGGGCAGAGGAGGAGCUGAUGCCCCAGAUAGGGCCUGAGGCGCUGGUCUGCCACGAGGUGGAUCUGGACGACCUGGAUGAGAAGGACAAGACCUCAGCAGAAGACCUCCUAAUGAUGAUGAGUCAGGGGAAGGUACAUGCUCCCCCUCCGUCCAAUGCCUCCUCCCACCACCCCCAGACCCACAACAACCCUCCUCCGUCCUCCGGGGGCGCUGCUGCUCCACGAGUCUUCUCCCCCACCUCGGCCCCCAGCCCUGAUGAGUCCAUCAGCACCAAGAGUGAGAGUGACGUCACCAUCGAGGUUGACAGCGUAGCCGGGGAGUCUCAGGAGGGGCUUGGUGAUAACGAGUCGGCCAACUCCAACUGCUUUGAAGCCAGCACCAGCUCUAGCAACUCCAGCAUGUCACUACAGGAGAGGGACACCAAGGACAGAGGUGGGUCACACAUAGAAUGGUAUAGAAUAGGCUAUAUCCAUUUAGCCUAGCGGUUAGAGCGUUGGGCCAGUAACCAAAAGGUCACUCGUUCGAAUUCCUAAGCCAACUAGGUGAAAAAUCUCUGUGCCCUUGAGCAAGGCACUUAACCCUAAUUGCUCCUGUAAGUCGCUCUGGAUAAGAGCGUCUGCUAAAUGACUAAAAUGUAAAAAUGUGUCUAUUGCAAACAGUUCCAUCACACAUUAGUUUUUAUACAUGUUUUGCUCAUUGCAAAUAAGGUUUUAGUUGUUCAAUGUAUGCUCAUGGGGAAACAUCUCAGUCCUCUGAAAUUAUAAUUCUCAAUAUUCUCCCUUUUUAUAAUUAGGUCAGAAAAGGUUGAUGGACUGCAAUAUGAGUUCUUCUGCAAAGAAGCAGAAGCGCAACCAGAAACGGCCAACCACAACGUCCAAAAUGGAGAAGAACGGAGCAGGUAAGUCGAAUGGUUUACUUCCAUUAAUGACAGGCCGUCGACUCACCUAAAAAAACAUGUCAAUGUUUUAAUCAUUCUUGACUGUAAUGUGAUUUGUGGGUUCAAAUAAAGUAUUUAAAAUGUGUCCCCACAGAGUACAGCAGUGACAGUGAGGACCUGGCUGUCAUGGACCCCUCCUGUAAGAUGACUCCUGUGAAACACUCCAUGUCUAAAGGAAGCCUGAAGCUGGUCUCUCCUAACAGUAAGGAGUUAGAGAAGGACAAGCAUAAACACAAGCAGUCCUCCUUCCCCUCCCCGCGCACAUACAAGUGGACCUUUCAGCUCAGUAAGUAGAACGUAUCACUAAUCAGGGGUGUAUUCACUAGAGAACCACACUGAACCAAACAGGGAGGGACCUACCUGAAUUUGUCCAAUAGAAACUGUUUGGAUUAAUGAUUACAUCCCAGUUCAUCACACUGAUCUCAGGUGUUGAAUAACAAUAGCAUCCGGUUUCCCAGACAGACUAAGCCUAGUCCUGGACAAAAAAUCCCUUUCAAUGUAGGUUCUCCAUUAUUUUUAGAACUAGGCUUAAUCUGUGUCCGGGAAACCGGCCCUAAGGGUUUGGAUUUUAGCUUGAAUUAUGUGAAUAUUCUUUAACUUAAUAUUGUAUUUACUGUUCUAAAUUAAAUGGCUUCGAAAGCACUCAUAUCUUUAUAGCUGAAUGGUGAAAGUAUGUUUUUAUUUGUUCAGAUGGUCUCAGACCAGUAUAAUAAGAACCUUUGUGUCUCUGAGCAGAUGAACUGGACAGCAUGUCAAGUGCUGAGAGGAUAUCCUUCUUACAAGACAAACUACAGGAUAUAAGGAAGUACUACAUGUCACUCAAGUCUGAAGUGGCCUCCAUAGACAGGAGGAGGAAGAGGUUAAAGAAGAAAGAAAGAGAGGGUAGGAUGGCUUUUCUGCACUUCCAUCCCAACUCUGAUUUCAGAUUUAUCUGAAGACCCAAUGUUAUUCGAGUCCUCAGUCAUGUUCCAGAGCAAACUACUUGAAUAGCUUUGUAUUGUAAAUAUUUUGUUUUUGAAUGAUUCCUUAAACUAUUUUUGACACACACUACAAAGUAUUAUUAUAUGCAUACAGCUGUCUAACCUGCUCUCUCUUCCCUCUCCUACUACUGUCUAUUUAGCUUUCAUUGUAAUGGUUUGCUUUGUUUCCAUGGUCUCUUUGCUCACCACAAUCCUGUGUAGAGUAUGAAAGACUGAUACGGCUGUCUAACCUGCUCUCUCCUCCCUCCCAGUGUCCCACACCACAGCUUCAACGUCGUCUGGCUCGUCAGACACUGGGAUGAGCCCCUCCUCCGCCUCACCCACUCAGAACACUGUGGCUGUCGAGUGCAGGUGAUGACACGCCUUCUCCCCCAUGGUUCCCAUGACGACCACCCUGGAGACACGGGUUGUGUCCGAAAUGGCACCUUAUUCCCUUUAUAGUGCGUAUCUUUUGACCAGAAGCCCAUGUUAAAUGACCAGAAGCCCUGGUCAAAAGUAGUCCACUAUAUAGGGCAUAAGGGUGCCAUUUCAGACGUACCCACGUACUGACAGACCAGAGCAAGCGGACAAAAGCACUCGACUGCCCCCCUCUGUCUCCUUUCACCCCCCACCACUCCUACCGCAUCCAAUCCACCACUUGGCCACUCCCACUUCUUGCACUUCCCUGCCUUGUAGAUAUUGUAGUCCACCUAUCGCAGUGUUGUCAGGAAAUGGAUUCUACGUGAGUUGAAUGUAAAGGAAACCACAAACCCCAGAUACUCCUAGCCAAACCCCUUCACUCUCCAUCCUUGAACAGUCCAUGGCACUUUUCUCCUUCUUACUCUGUCAGAACCACAGAAACAGAUAUAA